AUGGGAGCAGCCAGCAGCGGGUCCGGCCCGGGGCCCCCCCAGGGCCGAGCCGUGGGGUCGUGGGUGCGGGCGCUGCUCCGCCGGAGCGGGUCGGUCCAGGGGCCGGUGCCGGUAACGGGACUCGCUGUGGCCGCCGAGGAGCCGCCGUUCCCGGGGUGGCCGCUGCCGCAGCUCGUCUCGCUCUUCCUGCCGGAGUUCCCCGUUCGCCCCUCCGCUCGGCAGCAGCAGCUCAAGAUCCUGGGCUUGGUGGCCAAAGGCUCCUUCGGUACCAUCCUAAAAGUCUUGGACUGUGGGCGAGAGAAGGUCUGCGCUGUGAAGGUCAUGCCCAAAGUGGAGGUGCUGCGCCGCGACACCCUUAAGCAGUGCAAGGAAGAAGUCAGCAUCCAGAGACAGGUCAGGCACCCGUUUGUCCACGGCCUUGGGGACAGCUGGCAGGGCCAGCGCCACCUCUUCAUCAUGUGCACCUACUGCAGCACUGGGGACCUGCACGCCCUGUGGCGUGCUGCUGGGCGCUUCACCGAGGCCACCGUCCGCCUGUUUGCUGCUGAGCUGAUCCUGGUGCUGGUGUACCUCCACGACCUGGGCAUUGUGCACAGAGAUGUGAAGAUGGAAAACAUCCUCCUGGAUGAGAGAGGGCAUCUCAAACUCGCUGACUUUGGCCUCUCCCGACACCUGCGCUGCGGUGAGCGGGCACACACCAUCUGUGGCACUCUGCAGUACAUGGCCCCAGAGGUGCUGAGUGGGGGUCCCUACAGCCACGCAGCUGACUGGUGGUCCCUGGGUGUGCUGCUCUUCGCCUUGGCCAGCGGGGAGUUUCCAGUGCCACCAGCGAGGGACCACGUGGCCAUGCUGGAGCGUGUCAAAGAGAGCAGCUAUGCGAGCCCCCCUGCGCUCAGCCCUGCGCUGGGCCGACUGCUGGCUGAGCUGCUGUGCCACAACCCCCUUCGCCGCCUGCGUUACCUCCACCACUUCCAGAGCCACCCUUUUUUCCGGGGGCUGCCCUUCGACGCCGAGCUGCUGCAAAAGGACCCGGUUGCCUUGGCUGUGGCCCCACGCCCCAGCGAGCAGCCUCUGCCCGAUCCCGACACCUUUGACGACUUCGACUGCGACCUCACUGCCGCCCCCCCGAACCGGCCAUGGCCUGGCUGA